GAAGAGGCAGAGAGAGAGAGACAGAGAGACGGGACAAGAAGAAAGUGAGAAAGGCUCAAAGCAAUCUUGAGAGACUCUCUCGUGUCUUCUUCCUCUCAUCUCUCACUCCCUUCUCUUCGAUUACCUUAUUAGGGUUCUUGUUUCUGGGGUUGUUCGUCUGCAUAUUCUUGACACAAUGCAUAAGUUGAAUAGAACCAACCGCGAUAAAGUUCAGCAGUUCGUGGCCAUCACAGGAGCUAGUGAGAAGAAUGCUCUUCAGACUCUUAAAGCCACCGAUUGGCAGCUUGAAGCAGCUUUUGAUGUGUUUUACAGCCAGCCACAGCCUAGAAGCAAUGCUGAUAUGAGACGUUUGGAGGAGCUUUAUAAUAGAUAUAAAGACAAGUAUUCUGAUAUGAUUCUAGCUGAUGGUAUCUCGGUUCUGUGUAGUGAUCUUCAGGUGGAACCUCAAGACAUUGUCACGUUGGUUCUUUCGUGGCAUAUGAAUGCUGCCACAGCGUGUGAGUUUUCCAAGGAAGAAUUUGUUGGUGGAUUACAGGCACUAGGAGUAGACUCCAUCAAGAAGUUGCAGGAGAAGCUGUCAUUUAUGCGUUCCGAGCUUAAAGAUGAACAAAAGUUCCAUGAAAUAUACAACUUUUCUUUUGGGUGGGCGAAAGAGAAGGGGCAGAAGUCUCUUGCUUUAGAUACAGCGAUUGGGAUGUGGCAGCUGCUCUUUGCUGAACGAGAGUGGCCAUUGUUAAAUCACUGGUGUGAUUUCUUGCAGGAUCGUCAUAACAAGGCCAUAUCUAAGGACACAUGGGAACAGCUCCUGGAAUUUGCAAGGACGGUGGAGCCAGCUUUGUCGAAUUACGAUGCAGAAGGAGCAUGGCCAUACCUCAUCGAUGAAUUCGUUGAGUAUUUGUAUGACAAGAGCGUUGUUGAGAAGUAAUCUGCUCCACUUUACAGUGUUCGUCUCAUUAUUUUUCACAAGAUACUUUUGUGUUUCUUGUCAAGAGUUUUGAUCAUCUCUUCUAUCUGUUGUGCUUCUUGCCAGAAUCCAACGAUCAGCUCUUCUAUCUGUUGUUACCAAUAAUCACUGCAGGAACUAACCCAUUUUUAAAAUUGUGGAACCUAUUAGUGUUUCUUACAAAAAAAUAACUUAA